CCUAAUCCAGGACAAGUUAAUAAAAAAUAUUAAACUUUUAAUAAAGUUUUAAUCUGUUCUUUACGUCGGGACGUAAACGCACGUCCAUAGCAACCAAACCUUCUGUUUACGUCACCUUAGCAACCAGGAAGCGCAGACCAUGGAAAACAAGGAAAAAGGGAAAACAAAGAGUAAAAUUGAAUUAAUUUACCAGCAAAUUGAACAUCUAAGAGUUUCAAAUGCAGCUCUUCUGGGAGAGGUCGACAUGCUUGAGCGCUAUAUGGAGCGUCUGGAUCCCAAGGAGCUGCUGGGGUCCCAGGAGUCGGAGCCCCAAACUAAAAUGCUGACUUGUGGACAAAAACUUCACAUCGCUCAGCAGGAAAUGAAAGAGACUCGGCAAGAAAAAGAGCAUCUGAAGCAGGAGUUUGAGCGGAUCAUCGAGAGCAGGAAGGCCUCUUUAAUGGAAGCAGAUUCGCGGCGAGCUGAGAUCAGGAAGGCGAAGGACCGGUUUGAACGCAAUGUGCUCAACUUCAUGGGGAGCGACCAGCCGCAGAAGACGGAUGCAGAGAAACUGCUGCGCUGCAUUCAGGACCGCUCAAAGAUGACCAAGCUGGAGAUGUUUAACCAGAAGAACAUGUCGCUGAGACUCAAAAUAAAGAAUCUCCUGCAGCAGCUCAACCAGAAAAAGGAGAAACAGGAAAAGGAAGACCUGGAGGUUCAAUUGAUGGACCAAGAAGGAGGAAGCGUGGAGAGAAACGUCACUGACAUGAAGAGGAAAUGUUUUCAGGAGCAACAGGAGAUCGCUUCACACACGGAGGAGGUGCAGCGUUUGAGCGUGGAGUCCUCAGAGCUGGACGACCACAUCCUGAAGGGGAACCAGAUGCUGGAACUCCUGGAAGAAAAGACGCAGCACGCUGAGAGCGAGCGACAGAGGGCGGAGACUCGGCAGCAACGCCUGCGCCGCCAGAUGGAAGAUUACCAGGUUCCUGAUGUCACCGAGUACAUGAAGGCCAAGGCCAGACUCAGGGCGCUGCAGGCCGGCGUUCACUCCAUGCAGAGGAAGGUUGCAAUCGCAGAGAGAUCUCUGAAGAGCUGCAGCAGAGUGCGGAUCAAACAGGAAGACACUCUGAAGUCUGCAGACGCUGCCGGACACAACUGUCGGGAAAACCCAACCGAGGAUCCCUGAACGUCACGUUACCAGAACAAAGGGAAACACUUCAAGUCAAACUGCAGAGAAGAAAACAAAAGUCUGUUUUGGUUUUAAGAGGAUGUGAUCCUUUAAGGUGAACUUAUUGAUGUGUGACGUUUUAAUUCCUAAAAAAUCUCAUCUUUAACUUAAAUAAAUUGUGUUUAAUGAAAGCAAAAA